AUGGUGGCCCAUUAUUCUACUGUACUUAACGUGAAUUACCUUAUUGGCUCGCAUCCACAUGGAAUUAUUUCGAUGAAUACAUAUGCUAAUUUCGUAACCAACGGUACCGGACUAUUUGAAAAACUUCCUGGAAUGACUGUUCGAGUGUGUACAUUGGUAUCGCAAUUCUGGAUACCACUACGUCGCGAAUGGGCAAUGCUACAUGGAUUAAUUGAUUGCAGUAAAGAGAGCUUACAUUAUGUGCUGAAUAGCUCUAUCAACAACAUUGUUGUACUUAUCGUAGGAGGAGCAGAAGAAGCGCUGGAUGCACAUCCCGGUAGCCAUAUGUUAACACUCAGUAAACGAAAAGGCUUCAUAAAAAUUGCAAUAGAAACGGGUGCCCAACUAGUGCCAAUGUACUCUUUUGGGGAAAAUGAACUUUUCGAACAGGUAAGCAAUCCUGAAGGGUCUUCUUUACGGUGUUUUCAAAGUAAAUUGAAGAAAAUUAUGAAAUGCUCUUUGCCAAUAUACCAUGGCUGUGGAUUAUUCAGCAAUUUUGGGCCGCUUCCUUAUAGCAAACCCAUCGACACUGUUAUUGGGACACCCAUACCUGUGAUCAAAAAGAAAAAUCCAACAGAAGAAGAAAUAGAUCGCCUCCAUGAACAUUACAUCAACGCCUUGACUACACUCUUUGAGACUUACAAAACCCAAUUCGGAGUACCAAAAAAUGCUUCGCUGAUUAUUCGAUAG